GCGGGCGAGCCGAUUCCGCUGGGAAUUUAGGAAGAAGGCAGGCAGAGAGAGAAGCCAAGCCGAGUCCAGAGGAGGCUGCAGCGCAAGGCGGGUUUCUCCGUGCGUCCAUCCUGCUAGGGGUGCUUCUGCUCGGCCUGAUCGGAGGUCAGACACACCCGCUCCGGCCCCCGGUUCCUUGGGCCAUGGCUCCUGCUGGCGCCUUCAGGCACCUGAGCCUGGCGCUGGGAGCGGCGGUGGCCGCGCUGGGCUCUCUCCUUUUCAUCGCCUGGAAAAUCUACUUCCGAGACGUCAACGACAGUUGCAUCGGCUGGAGGAGGCGCUGGGAGCAGCUGCUGGAAGCGGAACUAAGUCGGAACGCGCCUAAGGGAGGGCAGUCACUUUCCUGUGAGUAUCAGGUUUUGGUUCUAGGCUUGGAUGGAGCUGGAAAGAGCAGCAUUCUCCAUUAUGUCUGCAGUACAGAAGUCAAGAAGUGCAUAGCUCCCACUCAGGGGUUCAACUCAGUGCAACUGCAGGAUAGUGGCCUACAGAUGGCCCUCCUAGAAGUUGGUGGUAGCCAGAAUCUACGCUUCUACUGGAACCAGUACCUGAGCAAAGCCCACAUUCUGGUGUUUGUAGUGGACUCUGCAGAUGGCCUACGCCUUCAUACUGCCCGUCAGGAGCUCCACUGCUUGCUGGCUGAGGACCCUCAGUUGCCUUUGAUAGUGUUGGCUAACAAACAGUGCUACCUAUGCUGGACUGGCCACUGCAAACAGUGUUCUCCACCUGAAGAGCCUGCUGAUCAAACUCCUUGCCCAGAUCUGAAGGUUUUUCCAAGUAAUUCAAGGACAUUCAAGCCAAGUGGACCCUCCUUCAGGAUUUUCGUCUUCCCAGCAGAGACUUCAGAUACCUUUUCAGCACUGUCUCGGAGCUGCAGGCUCUCUAUCCUCAAAUAAGUGCACUUUUUACCUGUACCCUCAGCUUCCUUGCAUAAUGUCAAUACGACCUUGGAUACAGGCUCUACUGCUUUGGGUAAGAAGGAAGCACAACAGAGGCAAAGUCCACUGCUUAUGGGGAUGUCAGUCUUGGGCCAGGGGAGCCUUCUGGCUGCUGUUCAUCCCAUUAAUACAGUCUUAAGAAACUGCAGUUUUAAUACUUUCACUAAGGACUACCGUUUUUAAAUUACUAUUAUUGUUAUAGGACCUUCUGCCAUAACAUCUAUAGUAAAAAAAAAAAUAGGAAGAGAUUAACCUAGCCUGUGCCAGUCCUUCCUUGCCUAUGAAAGGGCUGGAAUACUUGAUCUCUUGCUGUCUUUUGGGGACAUCGGUGUGUGUUUGAGUGUGAGAGAGAGAGAGAUCUUGCCCUGUAAAGAUGAUUCAACCCUAGUUACAGUUAGUGGACAAUGGGUCGCCCUGUCUCAAAGUGGCUGGGGGCAAAAUCCAAGAACAGGGGUUGUAUUGGCAUUUUAACAGAGGAAUGUGUGUAAACAGCUAUACUGAGGAAUUGCCCCAGACAUGCUAGCACUUUAAAAAGUUUUUUAUUGCAUUCAUGAGCAGCGAUGACACCUGAUA